AAAAUAUUGUGAAUUCAAAUAUCAUCUACGGCUGAAGAAAAUCCUAACCGGCUAUAAACGGACUGAUUCAAGGCCGGGAAAUAUCUGGACAUACGCCGCAAUGAAAGACCUUGUGCUACCGCUGACGCUGUUGGCUGUCGUCGGUCUCGGAAUAGCAUGCCCAUCAAAAUGCUCAUGCACAGAAGACACGAUGCAAUGUAUAGAACGGGGACUGACUUCAGUACCAACCGGGAUUCCACGAUCAAUUGAAAAAAUAGAGCUUCAAGGAAACAAUAUCUCGCACAUAACAAGGUCGGAUUUUGCAGGAUUGAGGAAACUUCGAAUUUUGUACCUUGAUGAGAAUCAAAUAGUCAGCAUCGAGAAAAAUUCAUUUGGGGAAAACAAUCUUCUUGAAAUACUACGACUGAACAAUAACGAACUGACGAUUCUGCCAGAAAAUCUUUUCAGCAAGUUGAGAGCGCUCCAGAGACUAGAUCUCUCUCACAACAGAAUCGGAAUCAUUCAGAAGAAAACGUUCAGAGGACCGAACUCACUCAGAACAUUGCAACUAAGCAACAACGAGAUAUCGUGUCUACACGAAAGUAGUCUCAGACCAGUCCGCAGUGUGGAGUUCCUGACUUUAGACAACAACAAACUAACAACACUCCCGCUACAAAGUUUUGAACAUUUGAUGAAAUUGAGGACAUUUCGUUUCAACAACAACCCUUUGAAUUGCGAUUGUCAUCUUGCGUGGAUAUCAGAAUGGCUGAUCUCAAGACCAAGUGCUGGUUUAUUUACUCAGUGUGCGGAACCUUCACAUUUACAGGGAAUGGAAAUAAAACAUCUGGAAAGAGGCGAAUUCGUCUGUGAUGCAUCAACAGGCAGACAAAAACCGAAAUGUGAAAUGUCAUCUUACUGUCCAUCCAUGUGCAAAUGUUCUAACGGAAUUGUUGAUUGCCGAGACAAAGGUUUGAAAUCGCUCCCAGUCUCAAUGCCUGCUGAUGUCACAGAAAUACGUCUUGAACAAAACAUGAUUGAAGUGAUUCCUGCUCGAGCGUUCGCCAGAUACAGAAAAUUGAAAAGAAUUGAUCUCAGCAACAACCUGAUUUCAGAAGUAUCGGAAGAUUCGUUUCAGGGAUUGAAACAUCUCAAUUCUUUGAUCAUGUAUGAAAACAAGAUCACAAGCCUUCCGAAGGGGAUCUUUGCCGGACUAGGAAAUCUUCAACUUCUGCUUUUGAACGCUAACAAGUUAAGCUGUCUUCGCCAUGAUACAUUCGACGGACUUGUGUCACUGAAAUUACUGUCACUCUACGACAACAAAUUGCAAAUUAUUUCGAAAGGAACUUUCAGAUCGCUGAAAUCAAUUCAGACCUUGCAUCUGGCUCAGAAUCCUUUUAUUUGUGAUUGCAAUUUACGUUGGCUUGCUGACUAUUUGCAAGACAAUCCAGUUGAAACAAGUGGGGCAAGAUGUGCUGCCCCGAGACGACUAGGAAACAAGAAAAUUGCACAUGUAAAAAGCAGACGAUUUAAAUGCGAAGAAGGAGACAACUUUCCGCCACCGUUUGCAGGAGAAUGCAGCCCUGAAGCAGAAUGUCCUGAUAAAUGCAGAUGUGAUGGGUCAGUCAUCGACUGCUCAAGACAACAACUCACCGGAGUUCCUGACAAUAUUCCUCCUUAUGCGACGGAAUUGAAUUUAGCUUUCAACGAUAUCGAAAUUCUUGCAAGUUUGGAUAUUUUCAAAAAACUAACAAAUUUGAAGAAAAUCGAUCUUUCUAACAACAAGCUGAUGAUAAUUGAGGAAGGUGCUUUCAACGGAGCUUAUAGUGUUCUAGAACUGUGGAUAAAUGACAACGAACUCUCGGAUAUGAAUGGCGGGAUGUUUGCGGGACUGAGAAAUCUCAGAACCUUGAUGGCUCGCAACAAUCGACUUAAAUGCAUAAGCAACGCUACUUUUGCUGGUCUAUCAAGCAUGACGCAUCUUUCCUUAUAUGGAAACCAGAUCACCAGCAUCGUCGAAGGAGCUUUCGAUUCCCUCACAUCCCUAAAUCUCCUGGAUUUGCAACAUAAAAGAAACUUACUCUCCAAUCCACUUAUCUGCAACUGCCAUAUGUCAUGGCUAUCAGUCUGGCUUAGAACUGGAACCUUUUCAUCUGGCAACCCUCGUUGUGCCGAACCUUCUUUCUUGCAUGGCUUCCCAGUAGCAGAUAUCAAUCCUCAGGACUUCCAUUGCUCGACUGAAGAGAAAUCUCAGCCUCCUUCAUGCAAACCAGAAAUAAAAUGUCCUGAAAGAUGCUUAUGUGAAGGUACCGUCGUCCGAUGUAUCAAUGUAGGACUGACUGCAGUUCCAGUUGACGAUAUUCCUGAGACAGUUACCGAGCUUUACUUAAAUCUCAAUAAAAUUAGACUCAUCCCAACUUCAAUCAAACGAUUCACAAAACUUGAAAAACUUGACCUGAGCAACAACCUGAUUGCAACUCUCCAAGACAACAUCUUUGCAAACUUCACUCGUUUGUCAACUCUACUUCUUGCUUACAAUAAACUGAGAUGUCUUCCACCGAGAGGAUUUUCUGGUCUAAAGAAUCUAAGAAUUUUGAGUCUCCAUAGCAACGAAAUAUCAACCGUACAGCAUGGAACUUUCGACGACUUGAUCGCACUCUCUCACGCUGGCUUCGGAUCGAACCCUUGGUAUUGCGAUUGUAACCUCGCCUGGUUCAAUGAAUGGAUCAAUAAGGAUUACCUGGAACCUGGCAUCGCUCAAUGUUCCGGACCUUCAGCUGUGGCCGGGAGGGUUUUAUUGACAACUCCAAUCGCAAGCUUCGUCUGCAACGACCUUCCUUUGAGCAAGUGCAAACGUCGAAAAUCUCGGCGACGAGGACCCCUCAGCAUUCCGAUUGCAUCAAAGUGUGACCCAUGCCUUUCAACUCCAUGCCUUCAUGACGGAACUUGUCGCUUACAUCCCGUCGAGUAUUAUCAAUGUAUCUGUCCGUCAGGUUUCAAAGGCAAACAUUGUGAAAUGCCUGUGAACGCUUGCAACUUACACCCAUGCAGAAACGGAGCAACAUGCACUGGAAGAGAUGAAAUUUCUUACACAUGUACCUGCCCACCAGGAUUCUCAGGCUACGAUUGUGAAAUCAACAUAGAUGACUGUAAAAUGCGCCCAUGUAGACCGGAUAAUGCGACUUGUAUUGAUGGAAUAAAUACUUACACCUGCAAAUGCCCGCCGGGAUGGUCUGGAGAUUUCUGUCACAUAGAAAUAGAAGAUCCAUGCUCGGAAAAUCCUUGCAUGAAUGAGGGACAAUGCUUCCCUAGCCUUGCAUCAGAUGGUCAAGUAGAAUUCAGGUGUGAAUGCAAAAUCGGUUUUAGAGGAUUAAACUGUUCCGAAGAAUGGGAUCCUUGUCUUGAUCAUAAAUGUGAAAACGAAGCACAAUGCGUUAUGGAUGGAUCGAAUGGUGCCGGAUAUAGAUGCGAAUGUUCACGCGGAUAUCGUGGUCAAUACUGCGAAUUCAUUGAUGGCCAUACCGCGUUGAUCCAGCAAGACGAUCCCUGCAUCGGCAAUGAUUGCGAAAACGGAGCUCAAUGUUACGUUGAACCUGGUCGGGCUUCGGACUUCACCUGUCGCUGCUUGCCUGGAUAUACCGGGAAUAAAUGUCAAAUGUUGACUGGUGUGAGUUUCCUCCGCAAUGGAAGUUAUGCUGAGCUUCAUAAAGCUGUUGAAGAUCAAGAAUAUCUGCAAAUUACUGUAGAAAUCGCUACCAAGGAGCUAAACGGAGUCAUCUUGUACGCCGGAGAAUCGAGUCAACAUAUCACGAUUGAAUUAUUCGCUGGCCAUGUACGAUUCAGUUAUGAUGGAAUCAAUUCAGCAAUUUAUAGCGAAGAAAUCAUAAACGACGAAGAAUUCCACGUGAUUCGACUUGACAUCCGUACAGCCAGUGUUACAAUGGUGAUAGAUGACUCUCGCAACUACGAAGCCGUCAGUAAGAAGAUCGUCAGCACAGCACUGCCCUUGUACGUCGGAGGAAUUCCUGCCAAUGUGUUGUCCAAUGCUCGCAGAAGUUGGCAUAUAAGAAACACUACUAGUUUUGUUGGUUGCCUCCGUAACCUCAACAUUGAUGGUGAACCAGUUGAUUUCUUCACUGCUAGUCAGGCAGGGUUUAGCGAUCUCUUCCAACAGGACACUGGCGUUCGUCCCGGAUGUUCCAGAGAUGGCUUGGUGUCGACAUGUAGCGAUUUGACCUGCAAAUUCGGUGAAUGUGUCGCCAAUGAAAAUGGAGGAUCUCAAUGCAGUUGUAUGGAAGGAUAUUCAGGCAUAUACUGCGAUAUUGAAGACUCAGAACCAACAGCUUGUUCAGGAAAUCGAUGCCAACAUGGAAUGUGUGUGGUAAACGGGGAAAAUGCCAGUUCAUAUGUCUGCGAAUGUGAUGCAGGUUACGGCGGAGAAUUCUGUGAAAUCAGAGACUUUUGCGCAGGUGUUGAUUGUGGCGACCAUGGAACAUGUGUCCCUCAUUCAUCUGGACACACUUGCAAAUGUAGGAUGGGAUACAGCGGAAGGAAUUGCGCAAGCCGUAUUCGAAGAUGCAGUGGAACAAAGACCAGACAAUUUGUCCAGAUUACAGUCGCAAGAUCUUCUUCAGAUGAAUCACCGACUACGUCAUCAGAUAUGACGUCAUCAUCAUCCGACACAAUGUUGUGCAAGAGCAACAAACGAAUCACAAAUCUUGUGUGCGAUUCAUCAUCAUGCACACGUAUUAGUCGACGCACUGCAAGAAGACGCGCGAGAGGAUCAGAAAGUGGUCACUUUCGUGCGACAACGUUGCGUGGUUUAGGAGCAAUUCUCAAUGAAGAGCCUCCAGCCCCAACCUGUUGCGCUCCCCUGCGACAGAAGCGAAAAAAUAUAGAACUUUUAUGUGAAGAUGGCACCCGUAUUACGCAGCAGGUCACAAAAGUUCAAAGCUGUGGUUGUCAAACUUGUGGACAAGAAUAAACUAAAUAAACUGGAACAAUCCAGUUAUAACCGGUCGGUUCCAGUAUAUUCAGUCAAUCUAACUGCCAUAAAAUAAGACUUUACAAAUUUUGUAAGGAGGCAGAGAACCGGGUCACUGCACGCCAGGACACACAACAAAAAAGUUUGGCUGAAAUACCAGUGCGAACGAAAUUUAUUUGAUACCACAAACAAGUUAUAGCUACAUUGCCAGUUUAAAAACAAAUCUUUCAAAUUAAUGAAGGCCCUAAUUUACUUGAAUUUUGAAUAUUAUUGUUUCAGUCAGGGCUGUUUAAGCGACCCCGAUCACCUCCUGAUUGAUAGAAAUUUCGACUCCGACCCCAGAUCCAAUAAAAAUCAAAUUUGAAUAGUAGAAUCUUUGUUCGUUUUAAUAGGUUGUGGAGAACGCUUAGUAAAUAAACUUCCUUAUUUUUUAAUGCUGUGGAAAAAUUUGACUUCGAUUGUUUAAAUUAAAAGUGUGAAAUUUUAACUCCCCGCCAAUGAAAACUUAUUAUCUCGCCCAGGGGUGUAGCCAUAAAAUUUCUAAAGGAGGGGGGGUUUCAAGUUUCUAAUUGCCAAGUUAGACCUAACAGCUAUCGUGGGGUUCAAGGGUCAUUAGGGUUUAAAAAGUGUUUGAAGCUACGAAAAAUUGCUAUGCCCCCAACUACCACCCCUUGGCUACGCCCCUGACUUUGAAGUUUAAAUAGUUGAAAAUACCACUCAAACUUCAAUGAACUCAACUCCGCAGCUCUCGGUGAUUCAGUCCGUUGCUUCUUUUAUUUCCGUGUAUUUUUUCAUCUUCUCCGGUAUUAAAGUUGCCAGUAGUUUUAUUAAAUCCUGACAAGUGUACAAAGCACAGUAAAUGUAUCGUUAUUAGCUCGUGAUUGUGUAUUUCAUGAGACGAGCUUUAUCUGUGAGUUAAACAUUUCUGCGAUUUGAAUUUUUUAUAAUUUUUUUAUUUUUAGUUGCUGAUUUAUAAAUAUACAAUUUUACCAAUUUUACGAGGCCCAAUCAGUAAUAUACAACAGAUAAAUUCUGUAAUUAUAUCCAGCUAUGUUAUAACGAGAUCAAAGCAAACAAAAUACUUCCAUUUAUCAAGAAGAAAGCAGUGGCAAACCCCAAAUUUUGUUUUAUACGACUAUAUGUAUAUUUCACCUUCUCAAUAAAGAACAGGACUGAAGUAAACCAAAUUUCAUAGUAGGAUUCGUUUUUACAUGAACUGGCAAACGCCUUAUUUGUUUUGUAGUGCUAGACAUACAUAUUAACUUCCCAAUGGAAUUUUGUGCUCGUUAUAAACAAGUAAUGUUUUCUUUUCCUUCUACUGAAUUUUAUGUCAUUAAAAAGACUCGAUAUGAGUUGAAUGCUUUUAUUUUUUCUCUAUUUAAAUGUUUAUAUAAAUAUUAUUAUCAUUUCCUAAACGUUGCCUGCCUGCAGUCAACAUUGUAGUCGUUAUUGGUCGCAGAUAAGAACAAACGCCAUUUCUGAUGUCUAUUACGUAGUUCUGUUCAUUUUAAAUCUAAUUAUGACACCUUAAUUCAUUCAUUGAACGUUACAUUUUAAUCUCAUUGAUAUUGUUUACAUCACAUAGGUUCCAUUGUUUCGUGAUAUAAGCUUUCUGAUUUCAUAGUGAAAGAUGUUGUUAAUUGUAAUUGUGACGACAUAAGUUACGUAAAGUAGAUCCACCACCGACAACAGACCUCGCGUUCUAUGUUAGUUUUAAACACACACAACCUUCUGCUUUUAUUUAGGCAUUUCAGUGAAUAUAGCGCCCUCCAAUACGACGUGGAUGUCCAACAUCAUUGUAAUAAUGACGCACAUUGCGUCAUCAGUAUACGUCAUCUCAUACCUUCGUAUUUUACCACCACUGACUGGAUAAUUCUCAUACAUAUACCAGUCAUUAGCAGACUAUACUUUGUUUUCUCAAAAUCUAGGAGAGAGUUUGAUAAUUCUCACUCAUUAUAUUUUGAUUCUUCUAUUUUGGUGAAAUGUGAAGUAACUUUCAGAUGUUGAAUUAUAACUCCAUGUCAAGCGUUUUAUUUACUUUGUUUUUAUAUGAGAAAUAAAAUAAAAAUAAA